ACCUCAGUUGGCGGCUGGCGCACCAUCGGAGACGGGACCCUGCGGCGGAGCCUUUUUCCUGGUAACGUUGAUAUCAAGACUCAUGGCUGCCGCUCUUUUCCAUGAUGGUGAAUAACCCGAUGAAUUCUCGUCACGUUUACAAUGAGCAACAUACAAAAAAUUGCAAGACAGGCUCUCAUUACAUUCACAUCAAGGGAUCAUACUGCUUUUGCAACUAACUUUGAGAAGCUGAAAUGUCUAGCAAUUUCAAUUAAACCAUCUGAUAUAAACUUGGAACUGCCAAUAAAGGAACUUAGCACAACCACAAGACGUUUUACUGCACCAGUCUUGUAUGUCAGUAUCGCCGAGUCAAAGUACUUCACCCUUGGUGUUUUUGUAUUGAAGAAUGGCGUGUCCAUACCGUUACAUGAUCACCCAGGGAUGCAUGGUAUAUGCAAAGUUUUGUAUGGUGCUGUGAAGGUUAAAAGCUAUGAUGUUUUACCAAGGCAAUAUGAUGAUGGAAAUGAUUGCGCUACCCCAAACGCUUCUAUAGGGAGGAAGCAAAUUAGAUGCAAAUACAGCGGUGAAAGAAUAUUUGAUUCUGAAAGCGAGUCUUGUAUGCUGUCACCUGGUCAUGGAAAUUUUCAUUCAAUUCAAUCUAUCAAUGGGCAAGCUGCUUUUCUAGACAUCCUUGCACCACCGUAUGUAACUGGGGAACGAGAUUGCUCUUAUUACAAGGAGUGUAGCUUUUCCAAUAGCAAGCCAUUAUCAUCUGAAAAUGACAGCAUAAGAUGGCUAGUUGAAAUCCCACAGCCAAUGGAUUUUUAUUGUGACUCGUUGCCAUACAAAGGACCACCAAUAGAAUUGGAAGAAUGAUGAAGUGGAUGUCUCGAAAGAUUGUCUGCUGUUCAAAUAACACCUCGGUAUCGAAAAUGGAAAAGAAUGCUAAUGUUUUGGUACCUCCCGUUUUUAUGCAAAGAGCAGAUGGAUUUUGCCACGAUUUUUCCAAGGAUAUAUUCUUUGGUUACUUAUAUGUGAAGAAUUGAUGAGCUUGAUGCUGCCCAAGAGUGUAUUCGUGUGCUGACAUAUCUAUGCAUUUUUAAUAUUAUAAUAUAUAUGUAACCUUUUUAAAUGUCAUCACUGCAUUAAUAGUUAAUAUCUCACACGCAAAUCAUGAACAGUAUUUUAAUUUUCCCUAUAAAUGUACAAACGAUAGAAUUGAAUAGCUACAAAAGCUUGUAAUUGCUUUGAAAACAGAUUGAGUAUUCGAAGUGAAAAUCUUGAUUUUGUUCUGUAACUUCUUGUUUUAAGCCUUUCGUAUUGUAAGUAAUUUACUGUUUUUGGGCCUGUUUUUGUAUUUUAGUUUUAAUUUUUCGUGGGGGAAAAAGGGGAUUGGGUAUUUCUGUAUUGUUUCUUAAACAAGAUAUUGGUGCAAAUGGUACAACUUUUGCAAAAUGUUAAUCGUCACAUGACAAGAGAUGAAUCAAUAAGAAUUUAUUUUGUACAAAAUAGUCAGAGAUAGAAGCUUUGGAUACAUAAGCAUUUGAAAAUGAGUAGAAAAAAUUUAACAAAAAGUGUUGAGUUGGAACAACCUACCAGUUCAUGGCUAUAAAUCCAGAUGCCUUUGUAAGGUUUCUCUGUGUAUUUCGUUGAGUUUUUUCAAUGUUUUUUUAUAACGAUAAACAACUGAAGAAAAAAUGCAAAACAGAAAAACUUAAAGUGUUGGGGUGAGGGACAAAGAACAUAAAGUUGCCCCUCAGACCGCAAAUUUAAUUUACACCUGAGAGUGAUACCAUUAAAAAUAGCCAUGGACACAAAUAAAUAAUCACAAUGUAUUCGGGAC